ACACGUCCCCGAUCUUCGGUAGCAAGAGAAUUGCGAGAUGGAGCAAGUCAACGUAUACGACAGCCAAAAAAAACCAGAGUACGUAUUGCAGGUAACAGAGCAACAUGGGCGCCGGCAUUGCUGGAUUCUAUUAUACAAGAGCAGAAAAACGUCACCACAGAUGGCAGCCAGCACGAUUGACGAUAGUGACAGGAGAAGAAAACGUUCUGUUGACGGCAAGGACAGAGCAGCCAUAGCAAGUAAAGAUGACAAAGACGCGUAAUGUUCGAGUGGCGUAAAGUGAGAUGCAGCAAGCGUGAGUGAUGGUGAUGAAGGACGUUGAAAGAUGAAGCAAUGUUGAGUAAUAGUGAGCAGCAAAAGGACUUUGGUAAAAAAAAAAAAGGCAAAGUAAAAAGUAAAGCAGGAAGAAGAGGGAAA